UCUGACUGGGCCAGCGCUGACUGGGCUUUCGAUUUUGUUGCUUAGCGAUCAGCUGGCUCUUUGUAUUGACGUGGAAAUCAUAUUGAUGUGUUGUUAAAAAUGCAGUCAGACUCACUCUGAUGAAUGCAAGUAGAACAAUUAAUACAGGACGCUUAGACAGGCUUUAGGUGGUACUGUAUGUCGCGGCGAAACUGCUUGUUAUGGCAGAGCUGCCUCAGCUGGGUAAACACUGUCACGUGGAAUCAUGCAAUCGUUUAGAUUUUUUACCUUUUGAGUGUGUGCACUGCAAGAACACGUUUUGCAGUGACCACCGUACAUCGGACGCUCAUGUGUGCGAUCAAGUGCAGACCCACAUUCUUUCUGACAAGGAGGCCAAGUGCAGUAGGACUGGAACACUUUUCGGAUGCACAUUUAGUGAGUGCACUCAAAAGGAGCUCACACCAAUAGCCUGCGGACUGUGCGCUGCUAAUUUUUGCGUGCGGCACCGCCACGCUCAGGACCACAAGUGCAAAUGUCUCCAAUCACAGGCGGAGCACAUGCCUCUUACCACAAAGGUGGUACAGAAAAUAUUGGAGUCAAAGAAGCCAGCCGAAAAAACCAUGUCAAGCAAAGCAAGUAUAUCUCCAACUGCACAGAAGGUGAAACUGAUGAAAAUGAAGAUGCAUGCUGCUGGAGAAAAAAAUGUCCCCCUAGCCGACAGGGUGUAUUUUGAAGUAUACUUCCCAAAAGGCCACAAGGUUCGCUCAAAGCCCUAUCAUUUUUCAAAGUUAUGGACUGUGGGGAGAGCAAUUGACAGCACUGCUAUAAUUGAGAAACUUCCAAACCAGAACAACCGGCAGACUGAAAAGAGGCUGCUGCUGUUCCGUGCAAGUACCUUAAAGGCACUUGGCGUGAGUGACAGCUUUGAGACACUGUUGAACUCAAAGCUCCUCAAUGAAGCUGAAACAUUAGUUCUUGAAUAUGUUCCUCCAAACUGUGAUUCAUUAUCAGCAGACUAUAAUUUUGAGGAAACUUGAGCUUCUUCCAUCGCUGGAUAGGAAGCAACUUAUAGGAUAGAGGCUCACGUCUGUUCCAAGACACGUUUGUGUAACUGUGCUUGUUUUGUAGCAAUUUGUAGCUCUACAGUUGAACAUGCAGCAGGCUUUCACUACGAUAGUUAUUCUUGAAACUUGUACUACCAAGUGCACACAUGAGAUUUCAGCUCCUGACCAUGGUGGCUACAUUCUAACAAGGAAAAAAAUGUUUAUGUUCUUCUGCAGAGGCAGCACUAUUGCGUUGUGCUAGAUUCUACAUUGCACAUUGAUAACCAAGGUGCAAAUUUGCAAAAGUGUGCUUAGGAAUGUGAAUUCGAGAGAAGCAACUAGCAUAAAUGAUGGCUGGCGGACAACGCAUUUUAUAAAUUGCUUUUGCGGCAUCUACAUGAAACAAGACUACAUGCUUAUUUUUUUUCUCGACAUCUUAUGCCACAUGGCACCCCAGGAGAAAAGAAAGCUUCAACAGACCAUCGACACUGCCAUGCGCAGAUAUAUGCGUAGGUUGAUAUUUUGAUGUGACAGGAUUCUUGGUACAGUGCCAGAAAUAAUAUGCCUUUAGACUUCAAUGCACCCACUGGGUCCAGUUUUGGUCAAAUGAAAUCUUGUGAAGGUGUAAUAACCUAAAAUGUUAUUGUCCAAGUAUACUGCCCCUGAAGCCUCCACAAGAGUUCCUGGCUCUAGAAUAGAAAUUUACCGUUAUCCAAGCACUGCAAAAGCUGCCUAAAACUAGAAAUUCCAAAGGAACUCAUUACUCGCUCUGAAAUGAUGUGUAUUGAGAGUGAAGACAUCUGUGCGAGGCAUGUCAUGGUGUUAAAGGAGGUACAGCUAGCAAAACGAAGUAGAAAUGCUUGACAUACAUACAUUUUUUAAAUGUUUGUUAUAUUUGAACACGUGUUUUAAAAUGUCUUGAUUUUAGCACUUGGUGUGCGUGAGUACACUUUUCACAUUAUUCUUGCUUUAUUCUAUACUCUCUACUUUUAUCAAAACACAAAUUAUCAUAAACCAUUCUUGUUGUUCCUGUAACUUAUGAUGCAGGCCUACAUAAUAAAAUGCUUUGUUUGUUGCUUA